CUCACUCAACUUGUCGGCACAAACGCGCCAGCGGCCGGUGCCAAUGGGCGAGAAUUGCUGUGCUGGGUUCGAGGCAUAGGAGGGGAGCCUCCUGACCUGGCGUGAGGAUGGGAGCCAUUGACAUUUGCGACUCUGAGGAGGAGGAUGGCGCCUUGGCCCGCAAGCGCGCCGCCAUCCGCAAGCGGCGUCAAGCAGCGGCUGCCUCGGCAGAAGCGGUUGGAAGUACUGAGGAGCCGAAGGUCGAGGCCUCGGCACCGGCCGCGCUGUCCUUGUUGGAGCUUCCCACUGGUCCCUGGGAAUGUGCCUUCUGUGCCGAGAGCAACGGAGAGAAGCGACUGAAGUGCAACAACUGUCUCAAGCCCAGGCCUGGCACGGAGGAGUUGCACAUUUCCGCACCAAAAGCGGCCCCGCUCGCGCCGAUGCCGGCCAAUUCAGGGAGGCGGAAAAGGGGCCGCGGCUGGGACGACUGGGAGGAACAGGCUCAGAAGGCGGCGGCGGAGGCCAGUGCGCAGAACGCCCACCUGAUGAAGGAUGUGGUGAACAGCUGGAAGCCAACGGUGGAGCAGCUGAAAGCCAUGACGGUGGCCGAGCUGGGACCCGUUUGCAAAAGUUGGAAGAUUUCCAUCGAGCCGAAGGACUACAUGCGUGAUGUGAUGCUGAGCAAGGCGUUAAAGGUCAUCCAUGGUGUGGAGAGCUGAAGGCCUGGCAGAUGCUCCAGUGGCAGCGGAGAAAAAGUCCUCCAGUUGGGCCAAGACGUCUAGCGGUCCCCUCCCUACCUGACUCAGUUAGCCACCCUACUGGGGUACCCAAC